AAUGUCCGUCCGUGAAUAAUUACGAAAGUCGGAUUGAGACUAGUCUCACAUUUCCACUCCCAUUCCGUCCUGCGUGGGGGAGGUGGGGAGGGAGCCGCCCAGCUCACGGCACCGUGCUAGGAAAGUUAGCACUCCCAACAGAAGCGCGCCCACAGAUACAAUCAUGUCCUCAUUAAGCUCGAAGUCUUCUGAUGAGCUCUGUAAACUCCUGGACGAUUAUGGGAUUAACCAUGGACCCAUUGUGGAGUCUACCAGGAAGCUUUAUGAGAAGAAGCUGGCAGAAGCCAUGGCCAAAAAACCCAAGCCAUCUUCUGACAAGACGUACUACAGAGAAGAACAGGAAGAAAUCACAUACGUUACAUAUCGCCCACCAGUGCAACAUGAAAACUUUGGAGAUGUAACAAGACGAACGAGGACCACUGAGGAAGCUGAGGAUGUGGAUAAUGCAAAUGAGCCCAUCCUCAGCUACACUCGAACAGCCUACCAGAGUGCACCUCGAGCUACACGAGCCUACACGAGCAGGUCAAGCCUCCAGGAUGCUCGUCCAGGAACGGUCAAAUCUGAGGGGAGCAAAUCAGGUGGUGUGCCAGGGUGGCUCCGUGUUUUGGUUUUCGUCAUCAUUGCAGUGUUUCUUUACUAUGUGUACUCAAACAUGGAGUCUGCAAACGAAAGCCCUUUUAAAAAGAUUGAUGUGUAAAUAGUUACUUGUUUAUUCAAUACACAUGCGAAAAGAUACCAAAAAUGCAAAUUUGAUUCCCUUGAGGUGAUCUAUUCCAGCGUUCAUUGCAUAAUAAGCACAUUUUUUUAUAUAAAGAACAUUAUAUAGUUAAAGAUUUUAUAUUAGACCCAUGAACCUAGUUUUGCAUCAACAUCACAGACAUUCUAUUGUGCAAUAUUUAUAUAUUGGCAUUUUGAUUCAUGUAUCCCAAAUGUUACAGUUGAAGCUGUCCAUCAGCCUUUUAAUAGCCAUCAUUUUAUUUCUUUUCUUUUUUGUUUUUUUUUUUGUUUUGUUAAUAAAGCAUUGUUGAACGUUAAAAAAUUUAGGCUGGUAUAAAGUAAAAGUGUGUCUAAAAUGUUAUAAUUCGUCUUUGUCCAUCGUCGUGCCUAAACCUAAAUAACUAACACACAUUAAAACUUUGUCCUGAAGUUCA